AUGGCCGAUGAGAGAAACAGCAGCAAUCGCGAGGAAACGACGACGCUGCAGUCGGCCUUGGAGUUGCUGGGCGCGUACCGCACCGUGGUUCAAGAGCUAAGGGAAGCAAUUAAGGACCAGAACGAGAUUAUCCGCACUCAGCAAGGAGCGAUCCGAGAGUUGAAGGAUGCAGCCGAAGAGCAGCACAAUUUGAUCCGUGAUUUGAGCCAACAACUAAAAGACAACCAGAAACAGACAGGCGACGAGCUGAAGCGCGUUCAUGAGCAACUUGAAGCUAUCACGGCGACCACAGUCUCUACCCCGCAGAGUUCCUUCACUGACGUCACAAGUUCGUCGCCAUCACCACAGCCCACUUACGCCCAAGUUCUCUCGUCCGCCAAUACGGCACGGACGACCAAUCGCAUUACUGCUGGUGCGGUUCGCACCCUCGUCGAGGGCGAGGUCCGGGCUGAACGGGAUCAUGCCAAUUGGCGAUGCCGUGCGGUGACCACCGAUGCACGCAACCGAAUGCGCUUUAGGAUUGUCUGUAGGGACGAAGCCGAGCACCAGUUGGUGAAACGUCUCGUCGGCGCGAACCUGCCGCGAGGUGCGCGGAUGUUGCGGGACGAGGUUCACCCCGUCCGCGUGGAUCAUGUCAACCGGGCUGCAAUCCUCGACGAGAUGGGUGCCGUUCUCACGGGUGCUGCCGAGGCCUUAGGCAAAGAAAACGACGUCCAGAUCGAGAAGAUCGGGUGGCUUAGCAAUAGCGAUCCGCCGAAGGCAUACGGCUCCAUGGUCGUGUACCUCACCAAGGAUUCAGAUGUGAAACGACUUCUAGGAGAGCAGUACUUUCAUGUGGAGGGAGAAUCCGGCACAGUUAAAGCAUGGGAACGCCGUUAUCGUCCAGUGCAGUGCUUUCACUGCCAGCAGAUCGGUCACAUAGCCAGAAAUUGCAGCAAGCCCCAAGUCUGCGCCAAGUGUGCCACCGAGGGGCACCACCACAAGACCUGCAACGAAACCACGUAUAAGUGUGCGCUCUGCGGUGGGCCUCACGAAUCGUACAGCAGGAACUGCAGCAAGCUCUACCCUUCCACGCAUGAGUAG